UGCCGGGCCACGACCUCGCAUCAACCCCCGGCUCGCUCUCGCUCGCCCGUCCUCGGUCUCGUUCGUUCGUUCGUCUGUUUCGUUUCGACGCUGCGCGCGAGACAGGGAGAGAGCUUUCACGGCCACAUUUUCCGCAUAUCCCCGCGAUCCGAAUUUUCGACGCACCACCGUCGCCAGUCUCCGGCUAGCCUCGAAGGCGUCACGACAGGAAGAGAGAGAAGGAGAGAGAGAGAGAGAGAGAGCUUUGGAAACCGGGUGAAAAUUUUUACCGUCCGCAAGAUUUCUCACGUUAGAAAGUGCCCGAUAUCGUUUCGAUCAACCGUCGCGAUCGCGUAUCUCGCGUCGUUCGUACCACUCUCGUUCGGAUUAACGAUAGUCCACCUGUUCGACUCGAUCGUCCAGCUGUUUUUCGGCGAUUAUUCCGGACUUGCACGCGGAGUAUCAAGCAGAAAUUCCCGUGGUGUACACGAGUGCACUUGCGAGUACCGGGGCGGCGCGAGCUCUCCCGAGCGCGGAUUUUCGGACGUGUUCCGUGGCGAAUUCGUGUCAAGGAUUGGUGGUAUCGACGAGUCGAAGGUCUGGGUCGGUGUGAGAAUCGCCUCGUGCGAAACAAGUGACGCCCGUCGUUUGCUUUUUUCCCGCGGCACCCCGCGAAGUAUGGCGGAUGGGUGACAGGCAGCGCGGAUCCACUGCUGGCUGAAGGUGUUUUUCAGCGUCGGUGGGACCAUGUGAGCUUUCGACCAUGAGGAGUGGCGGCCAGAGCGGUGUGUGGACAGCAAGCGUGAUCAUACUCUCGAUCGGCACCUGGGUGGGCAAGGUCGGCCCACGUCCAGCGGAUGGGGAGCUCGCGCUCCUGACGUCGCCGCGUGAGCGAUUGGAAACCGUUCGGCAGGUUCUUUCCGAGGUGCCUUUGAUCGACGGCCACAAUGACCUACCGUGGAACAUCCGGAACUUCGUUCACAACCAGCUGGCGGACUUCGACUUCGACAAGGACCUGCGCCAAGUCGCGCCCUGGAGCAAGAGCGCCUGGAGUCAGACCGACCUGGUCAGAUUGCGGCAGGGCAUGGUCGGCGGCCAGUUUUGGGCCGCUUACGUGCCGUGCGAGUCUCAGCAUCUCAACGCGGUCCAGCUGACUCUGGAGCAGGUGGACCUCAUUAAGAGGCUCAUAGAAAAGUACUCCCAGCACAUGCAGUUCGCUGCGUCGUCGAGGGAGAUCUUGGAGGCCCACGGCAGAGGCAGAAUAGCUUCCCUGAUUGGAGUGGAGGGCGGGCAUAGUCUAGGAAGUAGUUUAGCCGUUUUAAGAACGCUCUAUCAGCUGGGUGUGCGAUACCUCACGCUGACACACACCUGUAACACACCGUGGGCGAAGAGUUCGUCGGUGGAAGACGACGACGAAGGAGGCGGGGGCCUGACGGCAUUCGGUAGGGCGGUGGUCCAAGAAAUGAAUAGGCUCGGGAUGCUGAUAGACCUCAGCCACACCGCGAGGGCGACCAUGAGGGAUGCUCUGAGGGUCAGUAGAGCGCCGCUCAUUUUUUCACACUCUUCGGCGUUCGCCAUUUGUAAUUCCUCCAGAAAUGUGCCCGACGACAUUCUCAAGCAACUGGCUGACAACGGCGGGCUGGUGAUGGUCACGUUUUACAAUUACUUCGUGAAGUGCGGCCCUCAAGCCACCGUCUCGGACGUGGCCGAGCACAUAUACUACAUUAGGAAUCUAAUUGGCGUGGACCAUAUCGGAGUCGGCGGGGACUUCGACGGCAUCAACAAAACUCCCCGCGGUCUCGAAGACGUCUCCAAGUAUCCCGAACUAUUCGCCGAACUUCUCCGCAGUGGCAAGUGGAACGUGCACGACCUGAAGAAAGUCGCCGGCUUGAAUCUACUGCGGGUCCUCACACAGGUAGAGCGGGUGCGGGACGAGAUGAGGACAGCGGGGAUCACGCCGUCCGAGGAGUACCUUCCGGAUUCGCCGGACGCGAUCGGCAACUGCGCCCUGGAUAUUAAUUCCGUUCAAAGGGUCAUGGAAGUCUGAUCGAUCGGACAGUACGCAAUGCGGCCGGCGACAUGCAAAUUAAUCUUACACCCGCACGGCAUUACGUUCAGCGGGCGCAACGACCGGGAGACAAGCCGGAUACACCGAGCGCCGCCGCCGCCGCCGCACUCGACUCAAGGCGAAAAUUCAAUUAUCUCAAUUACCGCGGCCUGUACCGCUCGCGAAAGUUCUCUGGACCUCGUGCGAAAGCUCAAUUAAACGUCGACGUUUGCGAAGGCUCAAAAUAAACCUACCUCGAUAACCCCUUUCACGAAGGCGACGAGCGAAAUUCGUAUCGAUUUGCGUUUCGGCUCUCCCACGAGAGCGUUUGCGUUCGAUGUUACAUUCAGAGAGGCAGCCGGGACCGCGUGGUCGAUGGAAUAAUUACAGGACUAUCGGCAGAGAUUCCAAUACGAAUUACUUCAGUAUCUUCCGUGCCAGCUGAUAGUCGUCUGUAAGGCCUGUUGUACAACAAUAUAUUGUAUCCCAUUGUUGGAUGUCGGGACGCAGCCAAUGAGACAAUUCACUUUUCGAAAACGAGCCCUCCUCGUUGGACCAUCGACGGUGUUCCGGCAUCCGACAGCGAUAUACGACGUAUUGCAUAUCAGACCUGAGGAAAAUAGUCGUACGAAAGACUUCAUUAACGCAGCCCCCACUUCCUGAACACUGUCAUACCGAAGAUUUCCAAUGUGCGAGCACGUUAUGUCCGCAUAUCCGUGCAUCAUGACUGUUGAUUAUUCGCUGAAUUUACCACGAUGCUCCGAAUGCAGCGGUCAUGACGCCCAAAUAUCCGGAAAUGAUGCACCCGAUUGGAAAUUUCCGAAUGUUACUGUGCCUAGGGAAUCGAACUGUGUUAAUGGGGCCUACUAUACAGUCGGCCUCAUGUACACUGUACUAUUCCCUAGACGGAAAAUUACACGAUGUUCAGCUUUAUACGUAAAGCCCAUGAGGUUGAAAGUCGCAUAAAUAACUCUAAUUACACUGACAGGGUUAUAACGACUCUAAUUAUCAUCUUAUUUUGACCUUGUGUGUGCAUGUAUGCAAGGCUGAAAAUCGUAUAGUUUUCCGCCUGGGGAUUGACACAGCAUAGAUGACUCUGAGUGUACGACGUGUAAGAUCAUUCAGGAAUCGCGCAGAAAUCAUCUCCUCUCAGCACGACACGUCGAGCUUACUGUAAACCACCCGAAGUAGAAUUAAAAAUCGCGAUGAUGUGAAAAUGACGGGAAAAUGACCGUAAGAGUGCUCACCCCUUCGAUCAUUUUGUCAUCAUUUUGACGUCAUUUUCACGCCGAUCGUCAUCCUCCGUUCUAUCUGGGCGCACGCUUGUUCGCUCGUCGGGCUCGUCGGGCUCAGCGACGGGGUGGAAAUGUUCAGGUUCACAAGUAAGCUUACGUUCACGGAUCGGCGCGGAAAUAAUACGCUUGUCGCCUCAAAUCACCCGUAAAAAACGCAAACAGACUUUUUUCUACUUCGGUAGAAAGAUCCCAGCGGAUCAUUAACGGCGAGAGCUGGUUGUCCACCUCUCGAGCGCACCGCGCCAUGUCUCCGUUAUCUCUCGCUGUAAUCUUUCGACGACGAUCAAUGUAAAUAUCUAAACGAUAGCGAAGAAACGCCAUCCAAUAUCCGCGCGACGAUAAACAUAAAGCGUCAUUGCGCCGAUGCACGAGAGACUGUUUCUAAAAACUUCGAUGUCUUCCUCUCUUGGAAACGAUCGUAAUAUGUGUGUGAAACUGUGAACCCCGGCUGUAUACCUAUGAACGUCUUCCUUCCCUUCAUUGCACCAACGAAAACACGUUCUCCACAAAAAAAAAAGUGAGUGUCUCAAAUUGAAUGUAGAAGCGAUGCACUAUCGACGCUCGUGUUUCUACGAGCAGCGUGGGCGAAAAUACUCGCUGAAAAGAAAACUCAUCAGAUCCUGCGAUUCUUUCCCUCUUCUCUCUCUCUUUCUCUCUCUCUCUCUCUCUAAUUUGUAGAAUGUAAUUUCCGCGAACGGAUAAUUGAUUGAUACGUACGUACGGUCCAAGUGAGGCUGUAAUUUAGCGACGAAGCGCAUCGACGUUACACCGACGUUAUGAUUUCUCCGGCCGAGUUCCCUGAAAAAGUGUAGAGGCGCCAAACGAAAUCGAGAAAAUCGCAGUUACCCCGGUAGGCCUGUUCUGCGACUUUCAACGACAGCGUCGUAACAGUUGCCGUGGUGCAGGAAUAACAAAUGGCAGAGUAGCUGGAUAACGACGUUGUCGUGAAAAAAGUUACAGAAAUUAGGGCUACGGACCGAGCGAGGCCGUCGGCGGACGGUGAUCGGUCGUCGGAUUUUCUAACGUUAAACAUCCAAACUCGCACAUAUCAAAGCCACGAAAUGACGAGGAGCCACACGUAUUUUGUACAGCAAAAGCCAGUCUAGUUUUGCACGAGAAACCCGACUUUCUCUCUCUUUCUCUCCCUCUCUUUUCUCGCGAUACUCGACGCGACGCUCGGGGUCCCUCAAACGUUGCUCGCAGCGACACAGGUGUCGACGAGGACUGCUAAUAACGCGAUCGGUUACGUGUUUUUCGACGCAUUAUACCGGGUGCGAUCUGUGCGCCCGAUAUCGUCUCCUUGAUCAAAGCAUCAUCAUCUAAAGUCUUCGACGGGGCAUUUGAGGUUGCCUGGAACGACGGCGAGACGUACGGGGCAAGGUACGGUAUUAAAUCGCGCCGAUUUGCUCCUGGUAAUUCUCACAUAUCGCCGUCCACCUAUCUGUGUCUCGUGUGCACUUAUUACGUAAUCCGCGCCGGAUGAAAGCCACGAUCCGAAUGCGAGGGAGGGUCGCUCAGGAGCGCACUACGGAGCGAGAGGAAUCAAUCGGUCCGCGCGGAUUACGCCUCGCUCCGACGACAACGUCGGUAGUAGGCGGUAAAUUAUAGGAUAUCAAAAGGUUCCGUUGUAUCUCUCGAACGAAUUCUAUGAAUAAAUGUUUCUAUUGUAA